GUCGGAGGACGUGGCGCAGGCGCGUUGGCGCGCGCCGCGAUGGGCGUGGUGUGGCCGGAGGUGCGAUGUCGGCGCCGGGGAGCGGCGGGAGCGCCGGCGGCGGGCCCCUGGGCCGUCCUCGCAGCCCGUCGUCCUGACGCCGCCGCCGCGCGGGGUCCCGCGAGCCCCCUCGGCCGCGGCCAUGUAUCUGCCGGCCGCGCCGGGGCCGCGCCGGGACUUCAUCUCGGUGACGCUGAGCCCGGGCCCGGGCGGCGACGGCAGCAAGCGGCGGCGGCCGCGCUCCUGCUGGCGGAAAUGGAAGCAGCUGUCCCGGCUGCAGCGGAACGUCAUCGUGCUGCUCGCCGCCUUCCUGCUGCUCUGCGGCCUGCUGUCCUACGUGCACUCGACUGAGCCCUGGAGAGCCCUCGCAGAGCGGGCGGCGCAGGAGCCCAGGAUGAGGCCGGCCGUCGCCCCCGUGCUGCCCGCGCCGCAGGAGGCCCGAGCCGACCCGGCACCCCCGAAGCCACAGCGGCACAUGCGCCGGGGACCGCCCAGCCUGCAGAUCCGCGCCCCCGAGAGGCGAUCCCUGGCGUCCAGGAGGCCAGAAGCUGCGCCCGGCGCCCAGGAGGAGCUGGUGCAGAGGACGCUCAGCUGGAGGGGAGCCGGGCCGGAGCCGGGUACUGGCCGCCCACCUGGGAGAGCGGGGUCCCCCUCCCUGCCCGCCCCACCCGCCAGAAGGGUCCCCAGCCCCACAGGUGCCCGCAACCAGCGGCAGCAGGCCGUGGUCGACGCCUUCCGUCACGCGUGGGAGGCAUACCGUGCCUUCGCCUGGGGCCACGACGAGCUCAAGCCCGUGUCCAGGUCCUUCAGCGAGUGGUUUGGCCUCGGCCUCACGCUCAUCGACGCCCUGGACACCAUGUGGAUACUGGGUCUGAGCAAAGAGUUUGCAGAAGCUCGGAGCUGGGUGUCCAGGGAGCUGCGCUUUGAUAAGGAUGUGGAUGUCAAUCUUUUUGAGAGCACCAUCCGGAUCCUGGGGGGCCUCCUCAGCGCCUACCACCUGUCCGGGGACCCCCUUUUCCUGCAGAAGGCGGAGGACCUGGGGGAUCGGCUCAUGCCUGCUUUCAAGACUCCAUCCAGCAUCCCCUACUCGGAUGUCAACCUUGGCACGGGUGUGGCCCACCCGCCGGUCUGGACCUCGGACAGCACUGUGGCCGAGGUGACCAGCAUCCAGCUGGAGUUCCGGGAGCUGUCGCGUCUCACGGGGAACAGCAAGUACCAGGAGGCUGCGGAGAAGGUGACGCGGCAUGUGCACGCGCUGGCGGGCAAGAAGGACGGGCUGGUGCCCAUGUUCAUCAACACGCACAGCGGCCUCUUCACACACCUGGGCGUGUUCACGCUGGGCGCCAGGGCUGACAGCUACUACGAGUACCUGCUGAAGCAGUGGGUCCAGGGCGGGAAGAAGGAGACCCAGUUACGGGACGAUUACCUGGAGGCCAUUGAGGGGAUCAGGAAGCACCUGCUCCGCAGGUCAGCACCCACGAAUCUCAGCUUCGUGGGGGAGCUCAACCACGGGCGCUUCAGCAACAAGAUGGACCACCUGGUGUGCUUCCUGCCAGGGACGCUGGCGCUGGGCGCGCACCACGGCCUGCCCGCGGAGCACAUGGAGCUGGCCCGGGCGCUCAUGGAGACCUGCUACCAGAUGAACCGGCAGAUGGAGACGGGGCUGAGCCCCGAGAUCGUGCACUUCAACCUGUACCCCCAGAAGGUCCAGAAGGACGUGAGUGUCAAGGUGGGCGACAGGCACAACCUGCUGCGGCCCGAGACCGUGGAGAGUCUCUUCUACCUGUACCGCCUCACCGGGGACCCCAAGUACCAGGACUGGGGCUGGGAGCUCCUGCAGAGCUUCAACAGGCACACGCGGGUCCCCUCGGGUGGCUUCUCUUCCAUCAAGAACGUCCAGGACCCCAAGAACCCACAGCCCCUGGACAAAAUGGAGAGCUUCUUCCUGGGGGAGACGCUCAAGUACCUGUUCCUGCUCUUCUCUGACGAGCCGGGCCUGCUCAGCCUGGACUCCUACGUGUUCAACACCGAGGCACACCCCCUGCCCAUCUGGACCCCCACCUAGGGUGGCCACUCCCUGUGGGCAUGGCCCACGCGCCAACUUGUCCUGGGGGAGCAUCCAUCUAGGUGGCCCUGGGUCGGUCCAGGCCCCCUCGGGCCGGGCAGUCUGAGACGGGAAUCAGCUGGUCUCUCGGCUGGGCACCUGGAGCCUCACCUAACCCACCAAGUCUCCUCCUAGGGUUCUCCUGCAGCCCCUGCCCUGUCAAGGCCUGGGCAGGUGAGACUCCACGUGGAUUUGGGGUUCUCCUGGGCAGCACCCUCAGUCAUGUGUGGACCCUCCCCCUGUUGUGCUCAGGGUCAGAGCCGCCUCAGUGACACCGUGACCCACCUGUCUCUCCCACCCCCUGGUGAGAUGAUACUUUCUGGAAGGAUCCUGGCCGCGAAAGCCAGGGCUGAUCUGUGUGGAAAUGCUGCAGGGCCACAAGGGCCCAGGUGUCUCAGGCAGCCGGGCUGGUGUCCGGGCAGGAUGCAGCACAUGCCCCCUGGUGGGGCUGACCAGCCCAGUAAGGAAAGGCCCUGUGGAUGUGGACGUUGGGGCUGGAGAGGACCGUGUUUGUGACAGACACACUACACCAAGGGGGGCCUGCCCCGAUUGUCUAAACACCAGGGAGCAGUCGCCCUGUUUAUUAAAGACUCUGGGCUGCA